AUGGCUGGCAGGGUCAUGCCAGCCUUCUUAAAUCCUAGGACUUACUCCAAGUCCAACGUGCCUCUCCUCGGUGCCUUGAUUGAUUAUAUUGAAAUUAGCUUGGUGUACUUGAGAACGAAGACAUUCACUGAGGCCGAGAAACUCCAUGCUAAGACCACUAAAGCUACCUUAUCAGCGACGUUCUUAGCAGCAGUAUGUCUUCUUCUUGGUGUAGCAUGCAACGUGAAGUUUGAAGUAGUGACAAUGAAUGAGGAACCGUUACCCAAGGAUUUGCACUUAAUGGUGAUGAGCAAGAGUGAUAAGCUUUACAUCGAUGAUAUUGAUGCGUCCAGAGUAAUGUGGUGUUUGGAAGCUUCCGACUGUCUUGUCAUUUUGAUUAGUAGCUUGCUAAUAUGGAACUCUGCGAACGUGGUAAUAACCUUGUCCUUAUAUACAUGUUUUCGUGUUUUAUUAGUAUGA